AUAGAAAACACCAGGAUGAACAAGGCUAGGGUUUUUUGCAAGUGAUGGAGGACGAAGCUGAUGGGAGCUGCAGCGCAUCGAAGCUCAAAGCGCUGUUUGAGACCGAGCAGCAGAAGCUUCAGGUUGGCAAUCCAAGUUUUCAAUAUCAGCCUCCAAAGCUGCAGCCCCGUGUGUCGUUUGCACCAUCGUUUUCUAGCCAGGUCCUCUUCUCCACAGAACUUUCCAACGUUGUUUUCAUGCUUCCAUCAGGGACUGAUUGCGUCCAAAUAGGUCGUCGACAAGAAAAUGUUGGCGAUGCUACCAUUCAAAUCAUAAAAACAGAGACGCACGACCAACAGGACUCACGCAUUGUCGUAUCCAACGCUGCCAAGAUUGUCGUUGCGGAGGUGUCUUUCACGGGAAUUAUAAAUAUAGUGCCCGACGCAAAUUGCCGGAUUGCCAUUGAGACCAGCCAACAUAUUGUGGAAGCGACAUUUCGCAGCACAGAUACAUGGAUGGAGUUUGCUAAGGUUUUUGUUUACGCUCGCUAUCACGUACAACACUCUGUGGCACAAGUCUUCCAGGAUGUGGUAUGUCCAAAAGACAAUUUCAGGGAGAUCGAAGAUGGCGAUGUGGUGCAAGUGCUUUGUAAAGUGUUCCUUGCAAAACCGUGGAAUGAGUGUUCCACUGGGCUAGUUUUUCAUGGAGACACUCCAGAGAAAACUAUCAGACUUGAAAUCGGUUCGAAAAACUUCACAGGACUGGAAGAUGGAAUCCGAGGAAUGCUAAAAGGAGGGAGAAGGCUUCUGAUGUUCAAGGAUCAUGACGACGAGGACUCGCUGGCGGCUUUAUACGAUAUAACGGUAGCUCGUGUCCGCAAGAGGAAAACCUUGAAGCAGCUGAGUGAAAUGGAAAGCUCGAAAGAAAUGGAAAGAAUUCCCGAAGUUCCUGCCAAUGACAUACAACAGAGCUUUGGAGAGGAGGGGAGCGAAGGGAAAGUGGAAACUGUGACUGACCGUCUGGCUCGCAUGACUCGCGCUGGAGCAGCAGUAAAUCUCCAUCUUUUUUCGGCUCCAGCUCCAAAACAAGGGAACGAAACUCCGAAACUUGAUUCCGACAAGUUGGCUCCAAAUCGUACUGGGGACACUGGCGAUGAAUCACGAGUUUUUGUUCAGUCCGGUCCAAUACUGACUUGCGAGCACCUCGAGCUCUUACGGGAAAUCAAGUAUUCACAGGCAAACAUGUCCGAGUCAUUCGCGUCAUUUUCUUCGAGACUCGACCAGCUUGUAAACUCGAAAUCACGAGACUUUGAGCGGCGAGUGAUUCCGGAGACGGAGCUCGUGGACGAGGAAAGCAACUCAGAAGAAGACAAUCUGGUGGAGUCGAUUGCGAGAAUGAUCGCCGAAAACAGAGAGCUCAAAAGACGCUUGGAGUCUUCCAAAGGACCACGAAAGAUCAAACAGCCAAGUCGUGAAUCCAACGGAGAACUCCAAGGAUUGGAAGACCAAGUUCAGCAGAUCCUACACCGGAUUUCCCUAGACAUGGAAAUCGAAAUGACCAACAGCCGUCUUCAAGCCGAUACCAAAGCCAGCCUUUUGAGCUCCUUGCAGCAAAAACUAGACGCGGCGACAGCAUCCAUCCUGGAGAUCGUAAACCAAAGCUAGCAAGAGGAAGUUCUCAAAAACGAAGGCAAUCUAGUUUCUCCUCUCGUCGUGCACGGAAGAUGAGAAUCGGCAGGACUUAACCCGUACGAAGAAAUCACUCUAAAGAGACACCACUCUCUUAGUCCGGGGUGGAAUUUUACCGGGACAAGGUGGUGGAAUUCGCACUAAGAUCAUGUUAAGCACGCAUUGGAAGUAACAAGGGUGUCGACAUAAAGGAACCAAAGUGUCGACACCCAUGACAACAUCCAAUUCUCUCGAGUUUGUGACGAUCGCUAUCAGUGACUACACACUCUCCACACAAAUGGAGCCAUUCUCUACUUUAAAAAGCUCUCUCCUCGUGGGACGCUUUGGUGGAA